AUGCAAGUUGAACAAACAUAUUUGAUGAUUAAGCCAGAUGGCAUCCAACGUAAAGUUGUUGGAGAAAUCAUUUCUCGAUUUGAGAAGCGUGGAUACCGAAUUGCAGCAAUGAAGUUAACUACUGCUACCCCAGCAAUAUUGGAAGAACACUAUGCUGAGCAUAAAGGAAAACCAUUCCUUCCUGGUUUAAUUGAAAAGAUGACUGGCCCAGUUCUCUGUAUGGUAUUCGAGGGUGUUGAUGUUAUUGCCCAGGCUCGUAAAAUGAUGGGUUCAACUCGUCCAGGAGAAGCUGCUCCAGGUACAAUUAGAGCAGAUUUCUGCCAACAAGCUGGUAGAAACCUGAUCCAUGGGUCCGAUUCGGCUGAAUCUGCAAAGAGAGAAAUUUCCCUCUGGUUCAAACCAGAGGAAAUCCAGUCAUACAAUGUUGUAUUGUCUGACUAUAUCUUUGAGUAA